AUGGAGAUUAUUGAUCAACAACAAUUCGAACAAGUAGUUUUCCCAGCAACCAAAAGUAUUAUUUAUAUUUCAGAAAAGGAUAAUUAUUUAUGUAGUGCAAUUGAUCCAUUAUUUCAAAAUGUUGUACAAAAUAACCCAGAUAUAACCUUUAUCAAAGUAUUCAAAGAGGACUUUAAGACUUAUUUUGGUAAUAUUCAACCACCAUCCAUUUUACUCUAUGAAGGUGGAAAGGAGAGUGGAAGAGUUGACGGACAACCAAUUGGAAAGACUUCAAGAGGGUUGGCUGCAUUUGUUGACGGUGAGCCUUUGGAACAAGAACAAGCUUAA